AAAGGAAAAAGUAGAAGAUUGAAACUCUCAACUUGUUGAGUGGUUGACUUAAUAGACCUCAAGGUGAGCGGUGGGUGCGCCUGCGCCUAUCUGUGAUUUCCCACAGGUCUGCUAGCUUUGGUCCACACAACUGCGUCAUCAGGAAUAGAAAGCAGGGAUAUGUUGGAAGUAAUAGUGCUUGCCCUAUUGGGCGCUGCCACUUUACUUUACCUGUAUAUAAACCACAUCUAUGGAUAUUGGAACAAGAAAGGUUUGACACAACCUCCCACAAAGAUUGGAUUUGGAAAUGUAUAUGCUGCAUUUACAAUGAAGACUAACCUUGGAAUCGUAAUUGAUGAAAUUUACAGGUCUUACCCUGAACACGAUGCUGUAGGUAUAUAUUCAUGUCUAACACCAAAACUUUUGGUCAGAAGCCCAGAACUCAUAAAAACAGUUACUGUGACAGAAUUUUCCAGCUUUCAUGAUAACGAGUUCUCUGUCAACAAAGAACUAGAUCCUUAUUUUGCGAUGGAUCCCUUUGUGAUCAGAGGGGAAGAGUGGAAACCUCAACGUGCGAAACUGGUGACAAGAUUGACGCCAGCUAGGAUGAAAGAAAUAUUUCCUUUAAUGAAGGACAUUAUUCCCAGAUUGCGUACCUAUAUAGAUGAUAAUAUUGAUAAGGAUUUUGAGGCUAAGGAUUUGGCAACUCUGUUUUCUAUGGAUAUUGUUUCUGACACCGUUUUUGGAAUCUCCAGCAACUGUUUCUCAGAUCAAGAAGCACCAUUUCGAAAAUUUGGAGACAUAAUGAUGAAGGAACAACUUCAAACAUGGUGGAAAACAUUGAUUAUUCAAUUUUUUCCACAUCUCAAAAAGCUGUUUGGUUUUGCACUUUUGCCUCCAGUUGUUUGCAAAUAUCUGGAAGAAGUUGUGCAAGAAGUAAUUGCAUAUAGGAAGAAUAAUGGUAUUUCAAGGAAUGAUCUGUUCCAGUUUGUUCUGAAAAAGGAAUCUGGGGAUUUCAAAGAGGUAAUGCAUUUUGCUACGACCUUUUUCAUUGAGGGAUUUGAAACAGCUUCUAUGGUAGCCAGCAGUACAAUAUACGAGCUUGCUAUGAAUCCUGAUGUGCAAGAAAAAUUAUAUGAUGAGGUGAAAUCUAUGUACAAUGAAAAUGAAGAUAUUGACUACGAAACUGUUACAAACUCACCAUAUUUAGACAACAUAAUACAAGAAUCUCAAAGAAAGUAUCCAGUUUUGUACUACAUGGACCGGUUAUGCACAAAGCCAUGCCACUUGGACAUUGAUGGAAAAUCUGUGGAAAUAGAAACUGGAACUCCAGUGAUACUUCCCAUGUUUGCAAUCCACAGAGACCCUCUUUACUAUCCAAAUCCUGAGGUUUUUGACCCAGAGAGAUUCAACGCAGAAAACAAGGCAGCUCGCCCUGCAUACACCUACAUACCUUUUGGGGAAGGACCAAGGAUCUGUCCAGGUAUGAAAUAUGGACUGAAUCAAGUGAAACUUUUUGUUUCGAGCAUCGUGCAAAAGUACAAGAUACUGAAGAGUGAAAAAACCCCAGAAAAAAUUACUUUUUCACCAAAUUCAUUUUUAGUUACACCCAACGAGCGGUUAUGGAUUCGAUUAGAGAAAAGGAAGUGAUGAGGAUAAAAACAGCACAUAGUUAUUAGAACUGAUUGUUUUAUAUCUAUAUAUAACUAUUUCAACUAA